GGAGUUUGUUCCAGGGCUGGGGAGAAGCUGCUGGGCUGGACAAAUUGCUCCAUGCUGUGUAUCCCUGAGGUUUUCCUGCCCUCUGAGCCCCGCUGCGAGCGAGGCUCUGCCGUGGUUUCCACCCCAAGAUCUCCCUGUGCCACCUUCCCCAUCCAGGCUCUCUCCCAGCUCUGCUGCUCCAACCUCCCGCGAGUGUCCGAGCGCUGGGCAGGCUCCAGGCCACCAAACCCUCUGGCUCACAUUUAAUUUAACGAUCCAAUUGAGUAGCAGGGAAGCUGGAUUGGAUUGCCGCUCCCAGGGGAGCCAACCCUUCCUCCGCCGGCGGCUGCUCAGCCACGGGGAGCGCCCGCGGGAGGAGCCGCGAUCCCGGGCGGCUGAUCCGGGAGCAGGGCUCGUCCUUGAGCAGGAGAUCUGGGAAUGCCGAGAGGCUCCGGGCCCCGCGCGCGGGGGAGACGAGCGGGGCCUUGACUUUGGACCAUGGGUUCCGUGGCUUUCCUGGGGCUGUACCUCAUGUUCGGCUAUGGCGCUUCCCUGAUCUGCAACAUCAUCGGCUUCGUCUACCCCGCCUACGUCUCCAUCAAAGCCAUCGAGAGCAGCAGCAAGGAGGAUGACACCCUGUGGCUCAUGUACUGGGUGGUCUACGGCGUCUUCAGCGUCGCGGAGUUCUUCUCCGACCUUUUCCUCUACUGGUUCCCCUUCUACUACGUCGGGAAGUGCCUGUUCCUGGUGUGGUGCAUGGCCCCCGUGCCCUGGAACGGCUCCCACAUCAUCUACCACAGCUUCAUCCGGCCCUGCUUCCUCAAGCACCACCAGACCGUGGACUACAUGAUGGGUGACAUCGGCGCCAAGGCCCUGGACGCGGCCUCCGUUGUCACCCGAGAAGUCCUGCAGUCUUUGGCCAACAGCAGAGCCCGGCUGGCGGCCGGGGUGGCCCCGCAGCCCAGCCUGUCCGCGCCAGAGCAACCCUGACCCUGGCAGAGUUAGUGGAGAAGGCGAAGUAAGAGGCGCAUCGGUGCCUCUGGCUGAUACCGGCACUACAGCCCCGGUACUGGGACCGGUACCGGUACCCGCGGCCCCAGUACCGGCACCACGCUCCCAAUACUGGUACCGGCAACCCUCGUUCUGGCACCGAAUUCCCCCAUACCGGCACUACAGACGCCAGUACCGGCACCAUGGCCCGGUACUGGUACCGGCAUCCCCCGUUCUGGCACCGAAACCCCCCAUACAGACGCCGGUACCGGCACCGUGCUCCCAGUACCGGCACCGUGGCCCUGUUACCGGUACCGGCCACCCCGGGCUGUACCCGUCCGGGAUCCCGAGUUUCUCCAGCCCCAGUCUGUUGUUCCCCCGUUCCCGCAAUAAACCCCGGUGCCCACGAA